UUUCACAUUAAUAUCCCUUGUAUCAAGAAACACUCGUGUAUGGACGUGUAAAAAACCAUCACAAAACUUCUUCCUGUUGUUCAAAUAACGGUGCUUCCAAAAGACUACGUUCAGCUUCGUGCAUCAUUCUAAAGACAGUUAAAAAAGAAGCGCAAGUCUUAAGGUCUCUGAAGAAAACCAUUCGCUUUGGAUUUCAUAAUAUAAAAACAAUGAAUUGUUAGUAAGAGAAAAGAAAAAGUAUGGAAACGACACGGUGUAUCUCUGUUAUAAUCUGGUUUAUGAAACACGUGGAGAGGAUACAUGAUAUACAGCUGUCUGCUUUCUGAUAUACCAUAAACCUGAAUUGACAUUAAGGAUUAGCGUGGAACGAUGAGAUAUUUUCUGAUUAACAUGAAAUUUCUACAUCGUCCAAGGUGUCGGUAUUGCAAUGUUGGAUGAGUAAAAUUGUGAGAAACGGGAAAAUGGAUUUCUCUUUGCGUCACACGGCAAACACGCGGUACCAGAUUAAAGGAUUAGCGUUUAAACCGCCUGCACCAGUUAAACGACUCGUGCGAGGAAUAUUGAAGCAACUUUGUAGAAAAAUUAUAAUGAUUAUUCCAAAUUUCUACAGCUCGUCAUCAAAAUAUGUACUGACAAUGAGAGUUAUUGUAUUUUUUCCUUCUAGAUCUCCAUAAAUACAUACAUAUUUAUAUAUAAUGAUAACAAAUGAAGACGAAUGGUUGAUCGCGAAGCGUUUGUCAAAUUCUGGGCAAUCGACAGAACAACGUGAGAUUUUUCGGCAAAAGAUGGAUUAACAAAUUUCCACCAUACGCGUUUGUAAGUUGGAUCGAGAGGAUCGUGAUGAUCAGUCAAUGGCGAUCGAUAAUGGACAACCUGAGCGACAUUUAUUAUCUCGUGCAGUUGAUUGUCCGUCAAGUUUUCAUCUACUUACGAAUUCUUUUGUAUUCUUUCCAGGACUUGAUUCUACAGAAAUUCUUCUGGAUCGCCGCAAUCAACGAUGACUUCGACGCUUCGGACACGAGAUUUCGUGGUUUAACGUUUAGGAAUUUAACAGCUGAUAUUUUGGCAUUUUCCCUCCUCUGUAGCGUGCUCUUCAUCCUUGUAAUGUUUGCAUCCAAAUGCGAAAAGGACUGUCGACAAAUUUAUACUUCUGCCGGUAUAGAAACCAGAGUGACUGCAGGUCUCUCAGAAGAUCCUUACUGUGUUUCGAGCACGAGUUCAACAAACUGCUUCCACGCUUGCGGCGACUCGAUCUGCACACGUGGACGAAUUCCAAAAAGGAACUUCUCCGACGAGGACGUAAUCAGAGUUCGAUCAGCCAAGAAGAGAACUACGAGCAUCCCGAAAAGAUCAAUCUUUGGUUUAAAUAGCAUUCAACCGCAAAAUUCUCAGAGCACCCAAACGAUGGAGAGAAUAUAUCAGAAGAGCAGUCAAAAAUGGCUUAUCAGAAAAACCAGGAGCGGUCAAAUUUAUGGAAAAUAUCCUGUAUAGGAAUUAUACAUUGAGACAAAACUAAUAUCUAUUAGUCUAAACAUUCUUCAAGAAGAGAUAUUGCUGUAACACGUCUCGGUUGUUUCAACGUUACAGAUAAAUAAUUAACGACAGUUUAAACGUUAUCAGACAUAAGUUUUUAGAAACGUGAGCGAGCAUAAGUGUCUCAAUUUUUCCAAAAUUAUUUAAUUUGAUUGUCUUGUUGUUUAACAACCUUGUUGAUAGAUGACUCGUCUACUUUUACACACAUUCGUUUCGUAUCGUUUAUUUUUAUUGUAGGAAAAUUUUGAAAUUGAUGAAAUUUAUUUACACGAUUUUUAUGAAUCGUUUUGUUUCGAUGAAAUUUUGUUUUCACUUUUGUGACUGUAUUGAUCAUUUUAUUUAGUACUAUGGUCUUCGGUAUUUAAGCUCAGUAUUGAUUAAUAUUUUUCUACGAAUAAAGUUGAUUAAUUUACAAUCGGAAGUUGACUCGUU